GCUUCUCUUCUCCUUUUUCCCCCUUCGAUACGGUUCUCUCUCUCUCUCUCCGCCCCCAUUUUUCGUUUCAAUUUUCUCUCUCCUCUUCUUCCUCCAUUGGUCUUCAUUCUCUGUGGGCGUUAGACCCUUUUCCUCCCCCCUCUUAGCCUCUGGUUCAGAGAUUGACGAGGGCUGUUUGGUGAUUGAGCAGUAGAUUUUAAGGUGAUAUCAUAAUUAUAUCGUUUGAUCAGAGAUCCGUGGCCAACAAUGUUCUGCUGCGUUGUAUAAAUGCAGUGUGGCUUUGCAGAUGAGAUUUCACAGGGCCUCUGCUUCAUGGACUGCUCAACCAGCUGCUGUGACAAGAAGACAUUGAAAAGGUGGUUUUUCAUUGAUAAAAGGGUUGGAUAAACGGUUUAAUUGGCACUUUAUUGUUGGCUCUUGGUGGUUAAGUCUGCUGCUCGAAGUUUGUUAGAAAGUUUUGGAACCGAUGGACAUGAAUUCAACAAAAGCGUCUCCUGUUCUUACUGAUCCUGCCCCGCUAAACAAGUCUAGACUAGGGAUUCAUUCUCCUGUGUUGCCUUACUCUCAAUCCGGUACAUCGUUCUCUGCUUCGAUGCUAACAAUUCCAAGGAAGAAACCGGGGAAACUUGAUGAUGUUCGCUCUAAUGGUUGGCUUGAUGCGAUGAAGUCUUCUUCGCCUCCUCGCAAGAAGAUUUUGAAGGACUUUAGUGUUGAGAUUAUUACUAAUGAUGCCGAUGUUGACUAUUUUUCUUGGAUGGUUAAGUACCCAUCAGCACUUAGUUCGUGCCAGCGUAUUCUCAAUCAAGCGAUGAACAGGAGGAUAGUGAUGUUUUUAGACUAUGACGGGACUCUUUCUCCAAUUGUAGAUGACCCUGAUCGUGCUUUUAUGUCGGAUGAGAUGCGUGCUGCUGUCAAGAAUUUCGCCAAGUAUUUCCCGACAGCAAUCAUUAGUGGGAGAAGCCGUGAUAAGGUUUAUGAGUUGGUAGGAUUAGCCGAAUUGUAUUAUGCUGGUAGCCAUGGAAUGGACAUCAUGUUUCCUGCCAAAGACGAAAUGCUCUCUACACACUCGAAUUGCAUCAAAUCCACCGACCAAAAUGGCAAGGAAAUAAAUUUGUUCCAGCCAGCUCAUGAAUUCAUACCGAUGAUCAAUGAGGUUUUUAAAACCCUCACUGAGAACACUAAAGACAUAAAAGGCGCUAUGGUUGAGAAUCAUAAGUUCUGCGCAUCUGUUCACUACCGCAAUGUAAAUGAGAAUCUUUGGCCUACGGUUGCACAACGUGUCCAUGACAUCUUGAAAGAAUACCCUCGACUUCGCCUAACUCAUGGACGGAAGGUUUUGGAGAUCCGUCCGGCAAUUGAUUGGGACAAAGGAAAAGCUGUAGAUUUUCUGCUUGAAUCACUUGGCCUCGGGAACAAUCAAGAUGUGCUUCCUAUCUAUAUUGGAGACGACAGAACAGAUGAAGAUGCAUUCAAGGUAUUGCGCGAGGGAAACCGAGGCUAUGGAAUCCUGGUUUCUGCUGUUCCAAAGGAAAGCAAGGCCUUCUUUUCACUCAAGGAUCCCUCACAGGUCAAAGAAUUUCUGGAGUCUGUUGUGAGAAUGAAGGAAGGGAAAAGAGCAUCAAAAGCAUGAAGAGGAGCACAGAUGCCAUGUGGUUGUUGACAAUAUUUCUUCUGCAUAUUAGGAUAGGUUUCAAGGAUUUGUUGAUCAUUGUCAUAGGCCUAUUUGAUGAAUUUAUGUUAGUCUUUUUUAUUAUCAUUGUUUUAAUCUGCAAACAUAUUUUGUUAUGAAUUCUGUAAAGUUCAAGUUCUUUGUGUUCAUUUCCAUCUUGGGUGUACCAGUUUGGAUCAAAUAGUGCUUCAAAUUUGGCACUUUCCAUGGAAUCAUUGAUUUACCGGAAAA